AUGGACUUCACUACCAGCGCCAUCUGCCGGUGACACCACCUUUGCAAAGAGAAGGCUUCAAUAACGCUCAAGCAGUUGUUGAUGACUGUGGGGGAUUGAGCGCCCUCGCUGGCCUCAUUUUAUACACCAGUGACCUGUAAUUUUGGCGCACUCCUCCUCUCUUUCUCUUAGGCCCUGGUGGAGCAGUGUGAUGGCUCCAUUCCCUGUGUCUGCUGCUGCUCUGUGCCCUGCCCCUGUGUGUUCCUGUCUGGGGGGCCACGGUAAAGGUGUUUGAUGAAGAGUAUGGCUGGUCCGUGCAGAGGGUCCCGUUGAUUCUGGACAGGCACACAGUGCAUCUGCGGACCCCCACGUUUGGUGGGAAGACUGAGGGGCAGGUGGGAUAAGGAGGGGGGGGUGGGAUAGAGUGUCAGAGCGCCCUCCCCCCUCCCGACUGGGCUGCGCUGGAGAGCAUGCUGGGAUACGAGACGGUGUACGAGAAUGGCACGCGCACACAAACUGACGUCACGCUGCAGGCCUGA